AUGCGGGCAGAUAUAUCGAAAGAUGGCAGAAACAACAUGGGCGGCGGGAAACCCCGAUUCUUGUGUGUUUCUGCUAACAUCGCAUUUAGCCUCGACCACGAGGAGCGUACCCGAAAACGUAUUGCCCGUGAAUCGCACAAGCAAUCGCAGGACUCCCAAAAUCUCAAGGGCCUACGGGCUAAACUUUUCCACAAGAAACGCCAUGCGGAAAAGAUCCAGAUGCGGAAACGCAUCAAAGCUCAAGAAGAACGGAAUGUCAAGUCUUCAGGCGAACCAAGCGAGCCAUCGUCCACACCACUGCCAAACUACCUUCUCGACCGUUCGCAACCUACAACUGCGAAGGCUUUAUCCAGCGCCAUCAAAGACAAGCGUGCUGAAAAGGCAGCUAAAUUUUCUGUUCCCUUGCCCAAAGUUAAGGGUAUCAGCGAGGAGGAGAUGUUCAAAGUUGUCAAAACGGGCAAGAAAAUCCAAAAGAAAGGAUGGAAGCGAAUGGUUACGAAGCCUACCUUCGUUGGAGCGGACUUCACCCGUCGACCGGUCAAAUAUGAACGAUUCAUACGCCCCAUGGGCCUUCGCUAUAAGAAGGCCAAUGUCACUCAUCCAGAGCUAGCUGUUACCGUCCAAUUGCCUAUUAUUAGCGUGAAGAAGAACCCCCAGAGCCCCAUGUAUACGCAGCUAGGGGUUUUGACUAAGGGAACCAUUAUCGAAGUCAACGUGUCAGAACUAGGGCUUGUCACUACGGGAGGAAAGGUGGUAUGGGGUAAAUGGGCACAGAUCACAAAUAACUGUGAGAAUGACGGAUGUGUUAAUGCGUAA